AAAUCACAAAGGGUAAAAAAAAAAACUCAAAAGAAAUCCAGAAAAACAGAAAACCCUCUUUCUCUCUCUCUCUCUCUCUCGAGGAAGGCAACCAUGGAAGCUAUGCUUGUGGACUGUGUACAGAACAGUCUUCGUCAUUUUGUGUACAAGAAUGCCAUUUUCAUGUGCGAGCGUCUCUGCGCCGAGUUUCCUUCGGAGGUUAAUUUGCAGCUAUUAGCCACCAGCUACCUGCAGAAUAAUCAAGCUUACAGUGCAUAUCAUCUGUUAAAGGGAACACAAAUGGCUCAGUCUCGAUACUUGUUCGCCUUAUCAUGCUUCCAGAUGGACCUUCUCAAUGAAGCUGAGUCUGCACUCUGCCUUGUUAAUGAACCUGGUGCGGAGAUCCCAAAUGGAGCAGCAGGUCAUUACCUUCUUGGACUUAUUUACAAGUAUACUGACAGAAGGAAGAACGCCGCUCAGCAAUUUAAGCAGUCUUUGAUAAUAGAUCCUCUACUCUGGGCCGCAUAUGAGGAAUUAUGUAUACUAGGUGCUGCAGAGGAAGCAACUGCAGUUUUUGGUGAAACAGCUGCUCUCUCCAUCCAAAAGCAGUACAUGCAACAUCUGUCAACCUCCCUCGGCUUAAACACGUACAAUGAGGAACGUAACUUGACUUCUACCAAAAACACGAGCACCGAAGAUUAUAGUCCAAGGCAGUCCAAACACACACAAGGCCAUGGCCUUAAAGAUAUCUCUGGAAAUUUCCAUUCUCAUGGUAACGGAGCUGUUUCGAACAUGACAUUCUAUAAUACUCCUUCGCCAGUGGCUGCACAGCUAUCCGGUAUGGCUCCACCACCACUUUUCCGGAAUUUUCAGCCGGCUGUUCCAUCCCUUAGUACUGACAAUUCGCCAAAGUCCACAGUAAACUCUACUAUACAAGCACCCAGAAGAAAAUUUGUAGACGAAGGAAAGCUACGUAAGAUUUCUGGCAGGCUGUUUUCUGAUUCUGGUCCACGACGGAGUUCGAGACUGUCUGCUGAUUCAGGGGCAAACACUAAUGCAAGUGUUGCAACAGUAAGCGGAAAUGGGAACAACACUUCCAAGUAUUUGGGGGGUUCUAAAUUGAGUUCUUUGGCACUUCGUUCUGUAACACUUCGGAAGGGACAUUCUUGGGCAAAUGAAAACAUAGAUGAAGGAGUUCGUGGGGAACAUUUUGAUGAUUCAAGGCCUAAUACUGCCUCAACGACUGCUUCUAUGGCUUCUAUUGAUCAAGAAGACGAAACAAUGUCGAUGGGUGGCACAACGUUAAGUGCACAGAAAAUCACAAUUGGUGUUUCAGAGAUAUUAAGCCUUCUAAGGAUACUCGGGGAAGGGUGUAGACUUUCGUACAUGUACAGGUGUCAGGAGGCACUGGAUACGUAUAUCAAACUUCCACAUAAGCAUUAUAAUACAGGAUGGGUUCUUUCCCAGGUCGGGAAAGCAUACUUUGAAUUAAUAGACUAUUUAGAAGCUGAAAAAGCAUUCCGUCUUGCCCGCCAGGCUUCUCCUUAUAGCUUAGAAGGAAUGGAUAUAUACUCUACGGUCCUCUACCAUUUGAAGGAAGAUAUGAAGCUCAGUUACUUGGCUCAAGAGCUAAUAUCAACAGAUCGUUUAGCUCCUCAAUCUUGGUGUGCUAUGGGAAAUUGCUAUAGCUUGCAAAAAGACCAUGAGACUGCACUGAAGAAUUUCCUACGAGCUGUUCAACUGAAUCCAAGAUUUGCAUAUGCACAUACCUUAUGUGGUCAUGAAUACGCAACUCUGGAAGAUUUUGAGAACGGAAUGAAAAGUUACCAAAACGCACUUCGUGUAGAUACAAGACACUAUAACGCGUGGUAUGGGCUUGGAAUGAUCUAUCUACGCCAAGAGAAGCUAGAGUUCUCAGAGCAUCACUUCAGAAUGGCUUUCCUAAUAAAUCCGAGCUCCUCUGUUAUAAUGUCUUAUCUAGGGACAGCUUUGCAUGCCUUGAAGAGAAGCGAGGAAGCGAUAGAGAUAAUGGAGCAAGCUAUAUUAGCAGACAGGAAGAAUCCUCUUCCAAUGUACCAGAAGGCCAACAUACUUGUCUGCUUAGAAAGAUUAGACGAAGCUCUAGAGGUUCUAGAGGAGCUAAAAGAGUAUGCGCCUUCAGAGAGCAGCGUAUACGCUUUAAUGGGGAGGAUCUAUAAGCGGAGAAACAUGCACGACAAAGCCAUGCUUCAUUUCGGUCUAGCUUUGGAUAUGAAGCCGCCUGCAACUGAUGUUGCUGCAAUAAAGGCUGCAAUGGAGAAGUUGCAUGUUCCAGAUGAGAUCGACGAGAGCCCAUAGAAUGAAACUGUUGCUACUCUCGGAGAACCAUGGAGGAAGAAGCAAAUGUAUGGUGGAUUUGUGCAAAGCCUUGCCUCUUUUAGGGAACUAGUUUGGGUUUUAAAUCUUACUAUGAUUUUGUAGUUUUGGUACCAAACCCGUAACACAGCCACGAGAGCUUACCACAUGAGUAUGUAUUAUCAUGAGUUAAUCUGUAUCUUGUCCAUAAUUACUUGUUGCAAUAUAGAAAUUUAUUUAGAGAUUUCAUAAUAUUAUAACUCUUUUUAUUGUUUUUUUUUUAUAAAGUAAUAUGUCAUUCCUUCCGCUUCAGUUUAAAU